GCCGACCUCUUCGUCACCGACGGCAACUUCGAGGCAGUGGUGCGCGCCUUGCGCCCGGGCCCCGCGCCACUGCGCCUGCGCUGCCUGACCUUCCGCGGCGACAGUUUGCGGCCGGGGCAGCUGCUGCAGGUGCUGCGCCUAGCGGGCCCUGGAGUGCUGCGGUCGCUGCAGGUGGUGCACAACGUGCGGUUGCACGCUGGCCACGUGGAGCAGCUGCUGGCGCACGUGCGCUUUCCACGGCUGACUGCGCUCACGCUGCCCGCCAAGGCCUUCGACCCGCCGCGCGCGCGGGCCCCCACCCCCGAUGGCCGGGAACCCUACCUGGCCACCAUCGCCAUGGCGCUCAGCAAGAUGACGCAGCUCACGGAGCUAAGCCUGGCCUUCUCCACCCUGACCGGCAAGAUCCCACAGCUGCUUGGGUCCCUGCAGACCCCACUGCGGACCCUGGACCUGGCCAACUGCGCCCUGAACCACGUGGACAUGGCCUUCUUGGCCGACUGCCUCCAUGCCGCCCACCUGGAGGUGCUGGACCUCAGUGGCCACGAGCUGGUCAGCCUGUACCCAGCCACCUUCUUCCAGCUGCUGGGCCGCGCCGCACCCUCGCUGCGAGCCCUCACCUUGGAGGAGUGUGGCCUCGGGGACGAGCACGUGGGCAGGCUGGCACUGGGCCUCAGUGCCUGCCUCCAGCUGCAGGAGCUCCGGUUACUGGGGAACCCACUGUCAGCCACUGCCCUGCGGCGCCUCUUUGGCUGCCUCUGCCAGCUCCCAGAGCUGCGCUGCGUGGAAUUCCCAGUACCCACGGACUGCUACCCCGAAGGCGCCACCUACCCACUGGAUGGGCCAGCUGUGGCCAAGUUCGACCAGCAGAAGUACGAGGAGGUGGCUGGGGAGCUGCGGGCGGUGCUGCUGCAGGCAGGCCGGGAAGACAUCCAGACCUGCACACCUCUCUUCGGGACCUUCGACCCGGAUGUCCAGGAGACGGGCCCCGAGCUGGGGGCCUUCCUGCUGCAAGCCCUCAAGAGCACCCUGGAGAAGUUCUGCAGCACCCUGGAGCAGAUGGAGUAGGGCCGGCCCUGGAAGUGGGCAGCGAGCCCGCGUCAGCAGGACAUACCUGGGGGGCGGACGGCGGGAGAGGGGCUGGGAGGGAGAGGGUGUCCUGCCUGACUGUCCCCUUCUGUCUGGCACUGGUGUGGGUCCUGUGGGGCUGGUAUCCUGGCUGCCUCUUCCUGCUCCGCCCCGGGCAGCAGGGUGGGCAGCGUUCCUCCAAUGGUGGUGGUGGAAGGGCACUGGAGUCUGCUGGUUCCAGUCCUUGGGGAUCCACACUGUCAGCUGCCUUGAAGGGGUGGGCUCACAGCCCGGGGUCCUUUGUGGGGUAGGGGUAGCAGUAUGUCCUGGCGGGGUGAAGAAGACAUGUGGACUUGAUUUCCACCGAGAUCAGAGCUACCCAGUGGCUAGGCAUCCACGUAACUAAACGCUCACCCAGCAGGGUUCCCUCAUUCCAGCACCCCCAGAAUUGGUGUGAGUUGUCAGGUCUUCAGAAACCACACUUGGGAUACACGUAAAGCACACAGCAGCUCCACAGGAUCUGCAUGUGUGAUUCAGAGACACAGUGACACAGCACAUAUAUGUGAGACUCAGACGGGAUCACACACUGACACACAGGAUUCAGAGACACAAUGACACAGCACAUACAUGUGAGAUUUGGUUCAGCAACGGGAUCACACAUACACACAUGUGAUUCAGAUGCAAUGAUACAUACAAGUGAGAUUAGAUUCAGAGACGGGAUUUCACAAUACACACACGUGGCAUUAGAUUCAGAUGGGAUUACAUGUACACAUGAUUCAGAGAAACAAUGACAUAACAUACAUGAGAUUAGAUUCAGAUUACACAAACACGUUGACUCAGACGUGCAGACAUGGAACGUACGCAGCUCAGAGACCAGAUUACAGAUAAUACAUGCAUGACAGAACGAUAUGAUACAUGUGUGGGAUUCAGAGACACAAAGACAUGGCACUUACACAGAUCUACAAGUGACUCAGAGGGUCACGUGGCACGUGUGAUCCAGACACCCCAUGACAGUCUUCGUGUUGUGCUAGCGUUCUCUCUUCUUUCCCAAGCACCCUACUCCCACUCCCCCAGCCGCAGUGUCCCAGCAAACUCGCCCCCACCUCCAAUGUCCGCUCGUUGUUGGUUUCUGUGUAUACCUGUCCCCACAUCUGUAAGUCUGCCUAUGGCUGGUGUGUGUUAUAAUCCAGUGUCUGACUCAGCAUGUGGCACGUGUACCUUUCUCUGCAGCAAACCCCAGAAGCACUCAGCGGCCUUUACCAUAAUACAGUAGCAACGAGAACAA